CUGGAAUACUGUCAAGUGCGUCUUGCCGUGGAAGAUUCAAUACCUCCGGGAGUCUCUCAAAAGCUUCCCCGAGCGAGGGACCUUGAUCCGCUGCCUCGAAAUCGAGGGGGACUUAUUGACCCCCAGCUCGCUUGUAUCGCUCCUAUCAAAUUUUAUCAACCUCGAAACGUUGACGAUUGGGAUGUUAAAAUACAUGCACCGAGCGGGGGUGCACAUCUCGGAAGAAUCGCUCAAAGCCAUAACGCUCCCGCGACUGAGCACGCUAUCACUCCUUUACUCCACCUGGGAGACCGUCACUCUGGGCCGCUUGCUUUGCGCGUUCCCCCGCCUUACUACAUUGUAUAUGAAACGAAUCGUUUUCUCCGACGAAGGCGAGCAGUGGGAUUCCAUCGACCCUUCUAUCCGCGACGACCUUGUGGCCCGUCUCGCCGGUCUCCAUCUGAAGACUCUGACUUGGUAUUGCGGAGCAGUAUGGGAGGAACUCGACGGGUUGCUCAUCAGCUCACCACUGUGUCGAGGUCUUCGCAAGCUCUCCCUCCCGGGCGCAUACGGUAUCACAGUUGGCCAUAAGGUCGCCACCGCGUUCCCGAUCCUACGGACAGCUGGGCCAUCGCUCGAUACCCUCACGCUGAUGGUGUCUACCCGAGAUGAGGAUGAAGCGGGCCUAGACCUUCUGGACUUUUCGCUGAAUACAAACCUUUCGUCGUUCCACAUCGGGAUUUUGGCAGGUGGACAUCGCAGUUAUUGGGCGGACCGCCCGGCGUCCGUGCUUCGUCGACUGGUGGGCUCGCCAGCGAUGUAUUCCCUCAGACGCCUGGACCUCUACUUGCUCCUGUAUGACUGCACACAGCCUCCUCCGGACAACUACAUGAGGCCGAGCAACGCCCGUCUCGGCGACAUAAUCGUGUCUAUGCUCCGGGACAAUUCGCACUUGAUCAUCACUUUCCAUGCGCGUGGUUCGGCGUAUGCAGCUGGGGUUGCGCGGCGCGUGUUGGCGGAGUAUGUCGUGCGUUGUGCACCCGAGUUCGUCGCCACCGAUGCGCAGACACGUCUGCGGUUGAUACACGACCUCGCUGUCUUUGGAAGUGAACGUUCACCUUUGAAUAUGGGACAUUGGGAACCAGGCUGGGAAGAUACGGACAUAUCUCAGAUGGAAGUGUCGCUCUUCUGGACGCAGAGGUCGGCGGAUAAAUUACGGGAUGUUCUUAGUAUGUAAGUCAGUCGCAAUAUACUUCCUUGUGUGCCGCUUCCUAAGCCGUACCAUUCUCCAUAUAGUAUCCUCUGUACCGAGUACAUGCAUAACACAAUAUCCUACUCCCAAAUGAGCGUGUAUUCUUUGUGCUACUGGUGUGUACCCACAUAUGCUUUUAGUAUUUCGCGCGAGACGACCUGGAAAAUGCGACUGGUUCUUCUGUGAAACGAUGUACUUCCUAUUCCAUUUUCAAGUUGAUUUGUCUCUUCCCGGAAUUGCGUGCACGCUGCACGCUACAUGGGGGAC